AUGAAGUCCCUCUCACUCCAUCGCUGGUGGCCGCCUAGACCCUUUGAUCGUCGCCAUGCCUUGCAUUUCUACAAAGUCGCGGAAUGCGCGCGCCAUGAUCGCCCGGCACUUCGACAGCUCUCUCAAUCGCAUGGAGGCAAAGGCGAGGGCAACGCCAUGCCAGCAGUGGCAAAAUCAAAAUCGUCGAGCAUGCUGACCAAGGAAUUCGUCUCUGCCAGCCCCACGUCACACCUGCGACUCGUUGCCCUAGCUUCAAUCGCAAAUUCUACAAAUGCCUUCUCGCGCCUUAUCUCUGUUGUCGCAACACCCUGUUUGACCGCAGCACCAGUACAAACGGCUGGUAUGAUCAUGGCACGGUCAACCACGCGUGCGGCCGCUGUCAGAGCAACUCGUUCCCUACAUACCUCGAGCGCCACCACCACGACUGCCUCCCCCGCCGCGCCAGCCGCCAGUGCCAAUUCCUCUCUAUCAGCGAUUACAAAUGUUCUAGAAUCCGUGCCGAGUCCGGGCAAGAAAAAUGCGGCGACAUUAGAUCCCGAGUCGGAUGAAGACGUGCCCGCCGAAGUCGAAGAGGUCAAGGAAGCUUUGGAGCGACCCCCUCCGGUGAAUAGUGACUACUUGCCCCUACCCUGGAAAGGUCGAUUAGGAUAUGCUUGUCUUUGCACCUACCUACGAUACGCCAACCCCCCGGUUUUCAGUUCUCGGACAUGUCGGAUAGCGUCAAUUCUUGAAAACCGUCAUCCGCUGCAAGACCCUUCGCAACCUUUUCAUGCGACCAAGAACCGCCCCGAUCGCGAACAACCCGCGGACCAUGCGCGAGGCCAAGCGUACGUCGAGGCGCUGGGGUUGGCCAAUGCGCGAGAUAUUGUAAAGAUGUUGCGAUGGAACGACAACUACGGGAUCAAGUUUUUACGACUGAGCAGCGAGAUGUUCCCGUUUGCGAGCCAUGAGAUAUAUGGAUAUAAAUUGGCGCCGUUUGCUUCGGAAGUAUUGGCUGAAGCUGGGCGAGUCGCUGCAGAGCUUGGUCAUAGGUUGACCAUGCAUCCGGGUCAAUUUACUCAACUAGGGUCACCACGAAAGGAAGUCAUUGAAAGCUCUAUUCGGGACCUCGAAUUCCAUUCCGAGCUGUUAUCGCUACUCAAAUUACCUCCGCAACAAAACCGCGACGCCGUCAUGAUUCUACACAUGGGCGGCGUCUUUGGCGACAAAGCUGCAACCCUAGACAGAUUCCGCGAGAACUACAAAGGCUUGUCUCAGGAUAUCAAAAACCGCAUCGUCCUAGAGAAUGACGACGUGAGCUGGUCUGUCCAUGAUCUGCUACCCAUCUGCGAAGAACUCAACAUUCCUCUUGUCCUCGACUAUCAUCAUCACAACAUCAUCUUCGACUCGGAUAAACUGCGCGAAGGGACGCUCGAUAUCAUGCAAUUGUACGACCGGAUACGCGCGACCUGGUCACGGAAGGGCAUAACUCAGAAAAUGCACUACUCCGAACCAGAGCCUACAGCAAUCACGCCUCGUCAACGACGCAAACACAACCCUCGUGUAUACACUUUGCCGCCUUGCGACCCGACAAUGGAUCUCAUGAUCGAAGCCAAGGAUAAAGAACAAGCCGUCUUUGAAUUAAUGCGCAAAUACAAGUUACCAGGUUACGAGAAUAUUGGCGAGCUGGUACCUCACGUCCGUGAAGAUGAGAAUAAGCCGUGGAAACCGCCUAAGAAGACGAAGAAGUCGGGCGAUUAUAUUGAUUUGGCGCAGUUGACUCCGCCUCCGCCGAGUAUUCCGUUGGAGGAAGUUAGUAUGGGUGGACCGGAGAGGAGGGUAUAUUGGCCGCCGGGACACGAGGAGUGGUUGAGGCCGAAGAAAAGGGUUAUUGUGCGGAAGAAUACUGCUGUUGGGGAAGAUACUGAAAUCGUUGAGCCGACAGCUGCAGCCAGCCCAGCAAAGAAGUCGUCCAAAGCAAAAGCGAAAGGCAGCACGCCAAAAAAAUCGCCAGCUAAGAAACCAACGAAGAAAGCGACGACGCCCAGAAAACGGCGAAAAUCCGAAGCGAGUAGUGAGUCUACUUCAAGCUCUGACGAAAAUUCAGCAGCUGCACAGAGCAAGUCUCCUGAUCCUUCAUCCGACCCUCUACCGACACCAUCUACAGCAUCUACGCCGGCACGUCGCAGUCGACGAGCGAAAAAGGUCAGCUACGCCGAAGAUGAUUCUGCUUAG